CACAAGAGGCAGAGUGAGUUAGUAAGGAAUGCAGAAUAUACCCUGCGUAGGUGCUACAGCCGUGUGAAGGAGCAUGGUGUCGGGAAGAGGAAAAGCAGCUACACGUUUGAGCAGCUGGAGCAGGUCUUUGGGCAAGGAGGAUGGGAUUCCCAGCCCUGCCAGCCUGUCCUCAUCAACAGCAGCGGCUUGUACCAGGAGCUGGAGUCAGACAGCAGCACGAUGGAGGAGUUUUCACAGGAGGACUGGGGAAACCACAGUCAGGAUCUUCAUUGUUACCAGACUGGUGAACAGGAAUUGGAUGAAAUCCCUACCACCAAAAGAACAUUAAAGAUAAAGCAGGAAUCUUCUGAAGAUGCACAGAAGCGCGACGUCAUGCAGAACAUUAUGCAAAUCUUGGAGUCGGUCCAGUUGAAGUGGGAGCUGUUCCAGAGCUGGACGGACUUCUCCAGGCUCCACCUUUCCAACAAACUGGCCAUUUUCGGCAUCGGGUACAACACCCGCUGGAAGGAGGACAUCCGCUACCACUACGCGGAGAUCAGCUCCCAGGUACCCCUUGGGAAGCGGCUCCGGGAAUACUUCAACUCGGAAAAGCCGGAGGGUCGAGUGAUCAUGACCAGAGUGCAGAAAAUGAACUGGAAAAACGUCUAUUACAAAUUCCUGGAGAUCACCAUCAGCGAAGCCAGGUGCCUGGAGCUCCACAUGGAGAUCGACUGGAUCCCCAUCGCUCACUCCAAACCCACCGGAGGGAACGUCGUCCAGUAUUUGUUACCGGGAGGGAUUCCCAAAAGCCCUGGAUUGUACGCUAUUGGAUAUGAAGAGUGCCAUGAGAAACCUCCUUCCUCUCCUACCGAGCACAGGGCGCCUGAUCCCGGCACUGAGACUCAAGGUGAGCUGGAGGUUCCUUCUCCACAAGCCUCGCUCCGGGUGGACGUGGAAUCCGCCCGGAUUAUCUACUGUUACCUCGGCAUCGCCGAGGUCCGGACUCUCCAGCAGUGCCUGUUUUUACACUUCCAGGCAAACACCAAAACCUUCAGCAAAGAUUGGGUCGGGAUCAACGCCUUUUUAUCUCAGAACUGCCUCGUCGAGCCCGGCGUCUCCCCCAAAUCCAUCUACAUCAAAUUUGUGGAAGUGGAGAGGGAUUUUCUUUCCGCCGGCUCGUUGGUAGAGUGCCUGGAAAAAGCCAUCGGAUAUCCCUUAAAAUUUAACAACUGACUCUCAUCCUUCAUAAGGAUUCGGGCUUUCGGCCGCUGUUUUCCAUCCCACUACCAGACGCUUCCAGAUC